UGUGUAUGUAACAGGGCACUUGCUGGAACGUGCGGGAAGCGUUUUCUCUCCGUUAUGGCUGAUUGGGCUAAACACCUUGCGGGCGUGGAGGGAGUGGUGUUAGAUAUCAGCGGGGUGCUUUAUGAUAGCGGAGGCGAAGGAGGCGGAGUUCCCAUUCCCGGAUCUAUAGAAGCUGUGAAAAAGAUCAAGGCAUCUGGUCUGAAGUUGCGUUUCUGCACCAAUGAAACUCAAGCUACCCGGGAUAAGUUUGUUGAAAAGUUGCAGCGUUUGGGCUUUGACAUUGAGGUGAAUGAAGUCACUGCUCCAGCACCAGCAGCACGCAAAAUUCUGAAGGAGCGCAACCUGAGGCCACACCUUCUUGUACAUGACGAUGUUGUCCCUGAAUUUGCUGAUAUUGAUAAAUCAAACCCAAACUGCGUGGUGAUUGGUGAUGCAGCAGACAACUUUUCUUACAAAAACCUGAAUGAUGCCUUCCAGGUUCUCAUUGGUCUGGAGAAACCAGUUCUACUAUCUCUGGGAAGAGGACGCUAUUAUAAAGAAACUGAUGGUUUGAAACUGGACGUUGGAGCGUACAUGAAGGCAUUGGAGUAUGCCUGUGAUAUUCAAGCUGAGGUGGUGGGAAAGCCAGCCAAAAUGUUUUUCCAGUCAGCUUUGACAGAAAUGGGUAUUAAAUCACACCAGGCCAUCAUGAUUGGGGAUGAUAUUGUAAAUGAUGUAGGAGGCGCCCAGCAAUGUGGGAUGAGAGCUCUACAAGUACGGACCGGAAAGUACAGGCCUUGUGAUGAGCAACACCCAGAGGUGAAGGCAGAUGGUUAUGUGAACAACCUCGCCGAAGCCGUGGACGUGAUCUUGAAGCAACUGCAGAAGUAAAAGUGAUCCAGGAGGUGAUGAACAUGAGGCCUUUGGCAUAACUGCACACUUCUCUGUGUUUACAUAUCUGCAUCCAAUUUUUAAUGCAGUAAUUAUGUAGCAACCAGCAGCACUACAUAUGUGACUCAAGAGUCAUGUUUUUCUAACUCGCCAUUGCAAGUAACUAAAGUGAUCCAUAAACAAGAGCAAAACUCAAAAGAUUCAGCCUGAUAGAUGCUUAGGACCCCACCCACGAAGAAUCUUUUGAAUUUUAACUAUCUGGUUUGGGAUGAUCUAGCCA